AUGUGCUUCACUUGUUCUUCUCCUGCUCAUUCAUAUCCGCCAUCCGACUCAAUUCUUAUCGAAAUUUGGACAAUGGCCGAAGGCAAGAAGGACAAUCCGAAGCUGAACCAGCGGGUCGUAUCAUCUCUCUCGAAGCGAACUGUGGCGGCACAUUCUUGGCAUGAUCUCGAGAUAGGACCUGAAGCCCCUCAAAUCUUCAACGUUGUUGUUGAGAUCACAAAGGGGAGCAAAGUCAAGUAUGAACUUGACAAGAAGACUGGGAUGAUCAAGGUUGACAGGAUUUUGUACUCGUCCGUAGUCUACCCACACAACUACGGUUUCGUACCACGGACGCUGUGUGAAGAUGGGGAUCCACUCGACGUCUUGGUCCUGAUGCAGGAACCUGUCAUUCCUGGUUGCUUUCUUCGAGCUAAGGCUAUUGGGCUUAUGCCCAUGAUUGAUCAGGGUGAGAAAGAUGAUAAGAUCAUUGCAGUCUGCGUUGAUGACCCUGAGUACCGUCAUUUCAAUGACCUUAAGGAGCUCUCUCCCCACCGCCUUGCUGAAAUCCGUCGCUUCUUCGAAGAUUACAAGAAGAAUGAGAACAAGGAGGUUGCUGUGAAUGACUUCUUGCCAUCCAACACUGCACAGGUUGCCGUUCAGCACUCAAUGGACCUAUACGCAGAAUAUAUCCUGCAGAGUCUGAAGAACUAA